CUCUCCGUGUAUAAUAUCAACCCUUCUCAGCACCAUCUAGACUUUUUUAGAUAUGGGACGCCGACCAGCCAGCUGCUACCGUUAUUGCAAGAACAAGCCAUACCCCAAGUCCCGCUACAAUCGAGGUGUCCCUGACUCCAAGAUCCGCUCCUUCGACUUGGGUCGCAAGCGUGCACCUGUUGAUGACUUCCCAUUCUGUGUUCACUUGGUUUCAUUUGAGUACGAGCAACUCUCGUCUGAAGCUCUUGAGUCCGCCCGAAUCUGUGCCAACAAGUACUGCGUGAAAUCGGCUGGAAAGGAUUCUUUCCAUCUUCGGGUCCGCGUCCACCCCUUCCACGUCCUCCGCAUCAACAAGAUGUUGUCUUGUGCAGGUGCUGAUCGUCUGCAAACCGGCAUGCGCGGCGCCUGGGGCAAGCCUUAUGGCACUGUUGCACGCGUCAACAUUGGUCAGGUUCUGAUCUCGAUCCGUACGAAGGAGUCCAACGCUGCUGUUGUAGUUGAGGCACUGCGUCGUGCUCGUUACAAGUUCCCUGGUCGGCAGAAGAUCAUCAUUUCAAAGAAGUGGGGCUUCACAAAGGUCGACAAGACUGAAUAUCCCAGGUUGAAGGCCGAGAAGCGUAUUGUGCCGGCUGGUGCCCAAGUUAAGUAUAUCACUCAACGUGGCAAUCUCGAGAACAACCUCAAGGCUCAACUCCGUGCCUGAGUAUUCAUUUAUCCUUGAUGUAUUACCAUCGUGCUUUAAUCAUCAUGAUUGAUGCCGAGCUUGCGUCUGUCCAGUGAGAAUCCUCGUUUGAUUUUAUUUCUUAUCAUCUGCCAAUUGCACUGGGUGCACCCUCUAUAUCCAGUACCUCAUCUUUGUUGGUAGAUGUAGGGUUACGGGAAAGGAGGGACAGAAUAAUGUUGCUGCGUUUGUCUCUUCUCUGCGUAUUGUUCUUAGUCGUCAAUGCGUGGGUAUUAAUGCUUGCGAGCCUUGUCAUGCUCACGAGUUAGAGCUAUGCUGUACAGUUGUGUGGCAAUAUAUACGUGUUACUUGCCCU